CGCGCAUGCUCGGUAUACCUACAAGGUUUUAGCUGCCAGGGGGGCUUUUAUUAUUUAUAGUUUCACUAAUGAUUGUUUAGAAAGUGUAGUCAUAAGUAUUGUAACAAUAUUCGAUCCGUAUAAAUGAGGAAGUUUGCACGUAACCACGCGCUUUAUUUCUGUGGCUACGCGGCACCCGCUGGGAACCAAUCGUAGACAUUUCCUGAGUCUUUACUUCUACGCCUACUGAUAUCUUUCGUCCGUAUGUGAAACCUCCAACUUCGAAGAGUACUUAUAAAUGGUGUUUAGUGGCCUUUGAGAAGUAACUUUAUAGUAGUAGCACUUCGCAUUGCCUUCUAAAAAAUAGUUUGAAGAGGAAAAAAAACCGGAGAUGAGUUUCUUAUUUGGAAGCCGUUCAUCAAAGACUUUCAAGCCCAAGAAGAAUAUCCCAGAAGGCUCUCAUCAGUAUGAACUGCUGAAACAUGCAGAGGCCACGUUAGGAAGCGGAAACCUCCGAGCUGCUGUGAUGCUACCAGAGGGAGAGGACCUGAACGAGUGGAUUGCGGUCAAUAGAACACCAAAAUCCAGUGUGAUCAUAUUCACUAGCAUUUUCAGGAAAAAGAAAAUCCUCUAUGGAUCAGAAUGCCCAGAAUACAACAUGAGGUAUGAAUAUCACUGGGCGGACGGCACCAACAUCAAAAAACCCAUUAAGUGUUCUGCUCCCAAGUACAUUGACUACUUGAUGACCUGGGUUCAGGAUCAGCUGGAUGAUGAAACUCUCUUCCCAUCUAAGAUCGGCGUUCCUUUCCCAAAGAACUUCAUGUCAGUGGCAAAGACUAUACUGAAGCGUCUGUUCAGGGUUUAUGCUCAUAUUUACCAUCAGCAUUUUGACUCGGUCAUGCAGCUUCAGGAGGAAGCUCAUCUUAACACCUCCUUCAAGCAUUUUAUCUUCUUUGUACAGGAGUUCAAUCUCAUUGAUCGCAGAGAGCUGGCACCCCUGCAGGACCUUAUUGAGAAACUAGGCAGCAAGGAUAGAUAAACACCGAUAUGAAUACCAUAUUGGUCAGCCUUAAUGCAUUUUCCAGAAAGCCUUUCUUUUGUCCUGUCCACUUUUUGGAGUCUGAAUUUGUUUUGUGCACACUGAUUGUCUUCGUUGUAUCUCAGCUGUGCUUCCUGAAGUUCAUAGAAGAAGUCAUCCUGAAAACUCUUGAUUCACGUGUGGAUUUUCUCUUUGUUUGAGUUUUUUUCUGUUGUCAGUAUUACACUGUAGGUCUUUUAUUUUAUUUAAUGUAUUUGUGAUGGAUGGGGAUAUAAAAUGAAUAUCAGAGUUUAGUUUUGAUGGAUGUAAAAAUAAAACCAGCAUUUUUAGUCAGUACUUUUAUAAUGUGUGAAAA